GAGUUUAGAUUUGGGGACUACGAAUAAGACGCGUGUUUCUCAGGCACGUUUCUUCGUCCUAAAGUUUGUCAAAUUCGAUCUCUUUCAACUCAAAUCUUCAUGGGUUUCUUUCCAUUUCAUCUCCAUUGAAGUAUUGGGAUUCAAGUUCCUUUUUUCCACCAAUGGCGAGACGAACCUUCACGACGGAGUUAGGCUGCAUAGCUUGCGAGGACCUUGCCGAUUUUGGCGCUGGAAAGGAAGGCUGGCUCGUCGACAACCCCAAUCUACUUUGUGCCCUUGAUUCGCACUCUCUUGCGCUGGCCAAUCGAUCUAUCAUUCUUGUUCUUGGUUGGUCUGGUUCCGAUGGAUAUCGGCUGAAGAUCAGGCCGUCUGAUUUGUCUCCGAUCGAAGCGGAGUACAUUUCCGCUUUAGAAUGGUUGGUGUUGGAUGAAAUUAAGGUGAUUUUGGUCGGGACUUCAUGUGGGUAUUUUCUGAUUUACUCCCUAAGUGGGGAUUUGAUUCUCAAACAGAUGAUCCAUCCUGGAAGAAUUCUAAAGAUUAGGGUUCAUGGUUCAAAGAGGGAUUUAUCCCAUGGAUCUUCUUUGGAGGAGGUUUCGGUAGCUAUGCCAGGUGUAAUUGCCCGAAUUGAAGGAUCUGAUAUUCAGAAUACACUGCAAAAAUGGUUUCAAGAAUCAAAUGCACGGUUUUGGGAUCCAAAAUCACAACAACAGGAUAUGAACGAUUCUGAAAAUUCGGUUGAAAAGUUAGCUUACCAAGUAUGGAAUGUCAGCAAAUAUGGUGCUUGUGCAGAUGCAGCAAUCACUGGUGUUAUGCCUCCUCCAUUGAUGGAACUCCAGUCAAGUGAACGUUAUUUUUGUGCAGUCACUGUUGGAGAGGAUGCUGUUAUUUCAGCAUUCAGACUUUCUGAAGACAAGAGCAGGUCUUUAGUGGGAGCCAUUUUAUCAAAAGUUGUCCCUGCAACAUUUUCGACAAUAGCUUCAUUUUCAAAAAUGAUUUGGCGAAGUGAACCAAAAACAUCUAAAAAGCCGGAUGCGAAGGGUCAAGCUUUUGCUCGAGGUGCGAAUAGUUGGUUGCAAAUUGCAAUAUUUAAUCAAGAACUUCUUGGCAUCAUGAUUGCUGCAGCCUCUCCUUUGACGUGCUUGAAGGACCAUCCGAGAAAGGGUGAGAAACUGACUUUGUCUCCAAGCGGUACACUGGCAGCGAUUACAGAUUCAUUGGGUCGAAUACUGCUCCUAGACACCCAGGCACUUGUGGUGGUGCGACUGUGGAAGGGAUAUCGUGAUGCCAACUGUUUGUUCAUGGAGAUGCUAGUCAAUAGAGAUACUGCAUCAUCGAGUUCUAAUUCCAUGGAUUAUGAACCAGCAAAAAAUGAUUACUGCUUGUGUUUGGCUAUUCAUGCUCCACGAAAGGGGAUAGUUGAGAUAUGGCAGAUGAGAACGGGGCGUCGUCUCCGAACCAUUCGAUGUUCUAAGGGUAGCAAACUACUGCAACCUUCCUCCAGGUUUGGAUCGUCCAUGGUUUCCCCUUAUGUGCCAUUGGAAGUUUUCUUAUUAAAUGGAGAUUCUGGUCAGAUUUCUGUUCUAAACCGAACCCUUUGAUUAACUUUGAAACUGUAUGAUUUUCUCAUUUCUUAAUAGUGAAAAAUAAUCUCUUUACCAUUA